UCUCGAGAGUCGCUUUGUUGAAGACGAAGCAGCACUUCAUGGUUGCGAAUUUGAAGGAAUAAUUAUUUGAGUCCCGUAGCAGUACGUUGAUUGUUAGCAGUUAAACGUAUAUAUUACAAGGACAGUAAAUCGCUUAUGAGCUAGCCAACUGUUGAAAAGAGAGUGGCUUUCUUCUUGACUAGCUAGCAUUGACUCUGGUUAGCAUAGCUAGGCUAACAGCUUUAGCUAGCAACAGCUCUAGAAACGUCGACCAAUCGACGCAUAUAAUUAAACGUUUCUCUUAAUUUGAUAUUAUCAAACCACAACACUGACGACCACCGUGCAAGACUCGAAGACCGAGGAGAUGGCGAGCUCCGUGGGAAACGUGGCUGACAGCACAGAACCGACAAAACAACGUAUGCUUUCCUUCCAAGGGUUGGCCGAGCUGGCGCACCGGGAAUACCAGUCGGGUGACUUUGAGGCUGCCGAGCGCCACUGUAUGCAGCUGUGGAGGCAGGAGCCCGACAACACGGGCGUGCUACUGCUGCUCUCCUCCAUCCACUUCCAGUGUCGCAGGCUCGACAGAUCUGCCCACUUCAGCACCUUGGCCAUCAAGCAGAAUCCUAUGCUGGCUGAGGCCUACUCCAACCUGGGCAACGUGUACAAGGAGCGCGGCCAGUUGCAGGAGGCUAUAGAGCACUACCGCCACGCCCUGCGGCUGAAACCAGACUUCAUCGACGGGUACAUCAACCUGGCAGCAGCCCUGGUGGCAGCGGGGGACAUGGAGGGCGCCGUCCAGGCCUACGUCUCAGCCCUACAGUACAACCCUGAUCUGUACUGUGUCCGCAGCGACCUGGGGAACUUGCUCAAAGCCCUGGGGCGUUUGGAAGAGGCUAAGGCGUGUUACCUGAAGGCUAUUGAGACUCAGCCUAACUUUGCGGUGGCUUGGAGCAACCUGGGUUGUGUGUUCAACGCCCAGGGAGAGAUAUGGUUGGCCAUACACCACUUUGAGAAGGCUGUGACUCUGGAUCCCAACUUCCUGGAUGCCUACAUCAACUUGGGCAACGUUCUGAAAGAGGCUCGCAUCUUUGACAGAGCGGUGGCUGGCUACCUGCGUGCCCUCAGCCUGAGCCCCAACCACGCAGUCGUCCACGGCAACCUGGCGUGCGUCUACUACGAGCAGGGUCUUAUCGACCUGGCCAUCGACACGUACCGCCGUGCCAUCGAGCUGCAGCCCCACUUCCCCGACGCCUACUGUAACCUGGCCAACGCCCUCAAGGAGAAGGGCAAUGUAAGGAAGAACACGGUGUCCGAAGCUGAGGAGUGUUACAACACGGCCCUGCGUCUGUGUCCCACCCACGCAGACUCUCUCAACAACCUGGCCAACAUCAAGAGGGAGCAGGGCAACAUCGAGGACGCCGUCCAGCUCUACAGGAAAGCCCUGGAGGUGUUUCCAGAGUUUGCAGCGGCCCACUCUAACCUGGCCAGCGUUCUGCAGCAGCAGGGGAAACUCCAGGAGGCCCUCAUGCACUACAAGGAGGCCAUCAGAAUCAGCCCUACGUUUGCUGAUGCCUACUCCAACAUGGGCAACACUCUGAAGGAGAUGCAGGAUGUCCAGGGGGCUCUACAGUGUUACACCAGAGCCAUCCAGAUCAACCCUGCCUUCGCUGAUGCUCACUCUAACCUGGCCUCCAUACACAAGGACUCUGGUAACAUCCCAGAAGCCAUUGCUUCAUACCGUACAGCCCUGAAACUGAAGCCUGACUUCCCUGAUGCCUACUGCAACCUAGCACACUGCUUGCAGAUUGUGUGUGACUGGACAGACUAUGAUGAUCGUAUGAAGAAGCUGGUGAGCAUCGUGGCUGACCAGUUGGAUAAGAACCGGCUGCCCUCGGUGCACCCCCACCACAGCAUGCUGUACCCCCUCUCUCACGGCUUCCGCAAGGCCAUCGCUGAGAGGCACGGCAACCUCUGUCUGGACAAGAUCAAUGCGCUCCACAAGCCGGCCUUUGAGUACCCCAAAGACCUGAAGGCCAGCGCGGGUCGUCUGAGGGUGGGAUAUGUCAGCUCUGACUUCGGGAACCACCCCACCUCCCACCUCAUGCAGUCCAUCCCCGGCAUGCACAACUCUGAGAAGUUUGAGGUGUUCUGCUAUGCCCUGAGCCCAGAUGACAACACCAACUUUAGGGUUAAAGUAGUGGCCGAGGCCCAUCACUUCACUGACCUGUCACAGCUCCCGUGUAACGGUAAGGCAGCAGACAGGAUCCAUCAGGAUGGACUCCACAUCCUGGUCAAUAUGAACGGCUAUACCAAAGGAGCCCGCAACGAGCUGUUUGCCCUGCGCCCCGCUCCCAUCCAGUGUAUGUGGCUGGGCUACCCAGGGACCAGCGGAGCUCCCUUCAUGGACUACAUUGUGUCAGACAAGGAGACGUCCCCCUUCGAGGUGGCAGAGCAGUACUCUGAGAAACUAGCCUACAUGCCACACACCUUCUUCAUUGGAGACCACGCUAACAUGUUCCCCCACCUCAAGAAAAAGGCGGUGAUUGACUUCAAGUCUAACGGCCACAUCUUUGACAACCGCAUCGUUCUGAAUGGUAUCGACCUCAAGGCCUUCCUGGACAGCCUGCCUGACGUCAAGGUGGUCAAGAUGAAGUGUUCCAUUGGGGAGAGUGGCGCAGCAGAAACCAACGGGGCUCUGUCCAUGCCCGUCAUCCCCAUGAACACAGCCGCUGAGGCCAUCAUCAACAUGAUCAACCAGGGACAGAUACAGGUCACCAUCAACGGAUUCACCGUCAGUAAUGGACUGGCCACCACACAGCUCAACAACAAGGCGGCUACAGGAGAGGAGGUUCCUCGUACCAUCGUGGUGACAACCCGCUCCCAGUACGGGCUGCCUGAGGACUCCAUCGUCUACUGCAACUUCAACCAGCUCUACAAGAUCGACCCUCCCACCCUGCAGAUGUGGGCCAAUAUCCUGAAACGUGUUCCCAACAGUGUUCUGUGGUUGCUGCGUUUCCCUGCGGUGGGCGAGCCCAACAUCCAGCAGUACGCCCAGAACUUCGGCCUGCCCGGCUCCCGUAUCAUCUUCUCUCCCGUGGCGCCCAAGGAGGAACACGUGAGACGGGGCCAGCUGGCCGACGUGUGUCUGGACACGCCACUCUGUAACGGACACACCACCGGCAUGGACGUCCUCUGGGCCGGGACACCCAUGGUUACAAUGCCAGGUGAGACCCUGGCGUCACGCGUGGCAGCCUCUCAGCUACAGUGUCUGGGUUGUCCUGAGCUUAUCGCCCACACCAGACAGGAAUAUGAGGACGUGGCUGUCAAACUGGGCUGCGACAUGGAAUAUCUGAAGAUGAUCCGGUCCCGUGUGUGGAAGCAGCGUAUCUGCAGCCCUCUGUUCAACACCAAGCAGUACACUAUGGAUCUGGAGAAGCUCUACCUGCAGAUGUGGGAGCGUCACGCCAGCGGCGGCAAGCCAGACCACCUGGUCAAACUGCAGCCCGUCGAGAGCAGCGAGAGCGCCUGAAGUCCUGGACCCUGGGUACGUCCCAAAUGGCACCCUAUUCAGUACACUGCUUAUGACCAGGACCUAAAGAGGACGUGGACAAAUGUAGUGCACUACAAAAAAAGGAACAGGGUGCUAUAUGGGAUGCAGCCCCCGACCAGAUGUCCCAUCGAUCGAUGCACGCCGCCCCACCCUGACCUCUAACCUCACCACCUGACCCUGUCCAACUCCAGCCGCCCCACCCUGACCUCUAACCUCACCACCUGACCCUGUCCAACUCCAGCCGCCCCACCCUGACCUCUAACCUCACCACCUGACCCUGUCCAACUCCAACCGCCCCACCCUGACCUCUAACCUCACCACCUGACCCUGUCCAACUCCAGCCGCCCCACCCUGACCUCUAACCUCACCACCUGACCCUGUCCAACUCCAGCCGCCCCACCCUGACCUCUAACCUCACCACCUGACCCUGUCCAACUCCAGCCGCCCCACCCUGACCUCACCACCUGACCCUGUCCAACUCCAGCCGCCCCACCCUGACCUCACCACCUGACCCUGUCCAACUCCAGCCGCCCCACCCUGACCUCUAACCUCACCACCUGACCCUGUCCAACUCCAGCCGCCCCACCCUCUAACCUCACCCCCUGUCCAACUCCAGCCCCUCCAGAGCAGUAGAAGCGCCUGGGCUGGAACUGACCCCCACUCGCCCUUCUCUCUACCCCUCCUGCCCAAAGCUUCGCGCCUAUCUGCUCCUAUUUAGCCCCUUUCAACCCUCCCCUGUGACUUGGACUCUUGUCUGUUGUAGAGCCUGCAGGUGUGUCCACCGUCUCAUCACCUCAUCCCACCUUCUCCCUCCUCCACUCUAGUCAUAUCCCAUCCAUGUCUGUUUCCCUGAGCCAGACUGAGCCAGAACCACUUUGCUCUUCACCUGAGACUCUUCCCCAAACCACAGCUUCCAUACAGGGUACGAGAGGACGAGGUGGAACACCCUCUCCAUCCCGCCCUCCAUCCAGCGCCUGGAAGAGACUCCCCGUGGCUUCUUCUCUUCUCUGUGUGUGUAUAUGGGGCUUGUUACACAAGCCUGCAUCAAUGUUUUUCCAUCGCAAUGUAAUAAUGUAAUCUGCAGUAAGAGUAUAAAGGGACUGUUGCACCGCAGUCUGAACAUCUAGUAACUCUAGUCUUGAAGUAAAAACGUUGAAUCAGCUUAAACAGUUUGUUUUUUUCAUCUUAGGCUAUUGGUUAUUCAGGAUGAGAGUAGAUGCCGGUGUUUAUUAUCACAUUUCAGAGAGAAAGAUCAUAACCGCUCCCUUCCCCCACCACCACCAAAUGCCAACUUUAAGGAUUUUGUCAUGUUUCAAUGUAAGAAAACAAAAAAAUACUCUCAAUUGCUUUGUCCUCUUGUUCGAUGUCACGCACUAUGCUGGUUAAGACCAAACCGUAUGGAUAAACUGGACAGACAGGAGGUUCUUGUCAGUACGACCCAUUUGAAAGGCCCUGUAUUUCUUUCACCCUUAGUUAUGCCCACCUCUCCCUACGUAAUGAUUGAUUUUAUCACUUCAACCAGGAAUGGCCUAGGUAAGUAUUUUCUAAGCAGUUUUAGUUUUGUUACUGGUCUUUCUGUGAACUGUUUUAUUUAAGCUUUGUCUGGUAUGCUGCAAGGCUCUGACUCCAUUUCUGUUGAAAUAAAGAAAAAUAUGGUAAACCUCU